AUGGCAACUCCCACCCAUGCUCUCUCGGUCAACAUCUACGGCCGCGGCGAUGCCACGCUCGGCGACGGCCCGUCACACAUGGGCAUCGCCGUGUACGAGAUCGGGGCCCGCACCUGCGAAAUGCACCACAUCCGCAACCCCAGCGAUACAGACUUCAUCUACGACCCGCGCACCCAGCCAUUACAGGAGGACCCUGUACUCCGGGGUCGAUGCAAACUCAUCAACUUCACAUCCGUCCAACAAAAAGACCACGCAGCUCGCCUCCUAUCAAACUUCGGCCGGAAUGACGCCAACAUCCCGAAUUCGGGCGUGGUGCCAUCCGGGGAAGGACUGUUCUGGGAAGAGAUGAUCAAUCUAAGUGCCGAGGCUAUGCAGGAUCGGUGUGUGCAGAGUGGGACGACGUGGAUUCCGGGCCCGGAACAGGUGUUCGAGGGCGAAGCUGAUGCUCGGUUUGCGGAUAAGGGCGAUGUGAAGCCUGUGGGUAGGUUGAUGCAGAACCCUGCGUUGAGGGAACGCAUGUUGGCUCUUGAGGGGGGUAUUCCUGCCGGUGGUUCUGUGGGUGUGGAUAAGGGGUUGUCUGGGGAGAGGCCGUUUUAUGUGUCGAGUCCUUUCUUUAGCCGUACGCGUGAGGUCCCUGGAUGUGAUGGUGAGGGUGCGUCUUCUUCUGCUGGUGCUGCUGCUGAGAGAAACAACCCUUCCGCAAAUUGA